CUGGACUGGCUUUGGGAACCUGCUGUCAGAGUUUAUCAAAAACAGUUUCUAGAUAUGGCCUCUGGCAGCAGUCUCCUGUCUCAAGAGCACUUCCUGUGUUCUGUCUGUCUGGAUGUGUUCACUGAUCCAGUCACCAUACCAUGUGGACACAACUUCUGUAAAUCCUGUAUCACACAGUGCUGGGACAGUAAUGAAGAGUGUCGGUGUCCAAACUGUAAUGAAUUGUUUAACACAAGACUUGAGCCGAGGGUCAAUCAUUUCAUACGUGAGAUGACUUUUCAGUUAAGAGAGUCCAUGAGAGUGGAAGCCAGCAGCUGCCCUGACCAACAAUAUACCACACCGGGAGAAGUUCCCUGUGACAUCUGCACUGGGACCAAGGUCAAGGCCCUCAAGUCCUGUCUGGUGUGUCUGGCCUCGUACUGUGAGACUCACCUGGAGCCGCAUCAGAAAGUCACCGGUCUGAAAAGACAUCAGCUGAUCGACCCUGUGGAGAAUCUGGAAGACAGGAUAUGCAAGAAGCAUUACCAACCUCUGGACCUGUUCUGUAAGACUGAACAGGUGUGUGUGUGUCAGUUCUGCACUGAAUCAGACCACAAGUUACAUCCUGUUGUUCCUCUGAAGGGGGAAUAUGAAGAAAAGAAGAUUCAGCUGGGCAAGAAAGAGGCUGAAGUUCAGCAGAUGAUCCAGCAGAGACAACUUAAGAUUCAAGAGGUUAAACAAUCAGUAGAAAUCAGCAAAGAAGAUGCAGACAGAGAGAUAGCCCACAGUGUUCAGGUCUUCACUGUUCUGAUGAGCUCCAUUGAGAGGAGCCAGGAUGAGCUCAUUGACAUGAUUCAAGAGAAACAGAAAACAACAGAGAAACAGGCUGAAGGCUUCAUUGAAGAGUUGGAAGAGGAAAUUAGGGAGCUGAAGAAGAGGAGCACAGAGCUGGAGCAACUCUCACAAAUCAAAGAACACCUCCACCUCCUCCAGAGCUUCUCAUCCCUCAACACUCCUCCACAGACCAAGGACUGGACAGAGGUCAGUGUCCACCAGCCAUCUUAUGUGGGGACUGUGAGGACAGCUGUGGAGCAGCUGGAGCAGACGGUCAGGAAAGAGAUAGAGAAGCUGUGUGAGGCUGAGCUGAAGAGGGUCCAGCAGUAUGAAGUGGCUGUGACUCUAGAUCCUGAUACCGCAAAUCCCUAUCUCGUCCUGUCUGGGGAUGGAAAACAAGUAUAUUGUGGAAACAUUUACAAUAACCUCCCAGACAACCCAGAGAGAUUCUCUCAAUUUGUUCAUGUCUUAGGAAAGCAGAGCUUCUCCUCAGGAAGAUUUUAUUUUGAAGUUAUGGUGAAAGAGAAGACUGAUUGGACUUUAGGAGUGGUCAGAGAGUCUGUCAACAGGAAGGGAGAAGUCUUUCUGUGUCCUCAGGAUGGCUUCUGGACAACAUGGCUGAGGAAUGGAAUUGGUGCCUGCCUCUCUGUGACAGAGAAGAUCCAGAAGGUGGGGGUGUUUGUGGAUUAUGAGGAGGGUCUGGUCUACUUUUAUGACGUAGAUGCUGUCGCUCAAAUCUACUCUUUCACUGGCUGCAACUUCACUGAGAGACUCUACCCGUUCUUCAGUCCUGAUCUUACUGAUGGUGGUAAAAACUCUGCUCCUCUCAUCAUCUCUCCUGUCAACAAAGUCUGAUGAACACACAGGCUCACUAUUAUGACUACGUGUGCGCGUGCAUGUGCACGUGCACGUGUGACCGGUAAUAAAACCUCCUCACCCACUGUAUUAUCUUCUCGGAUGUCAAUCAAAUAA